AAAGGCAAAAAAUGAGAGGAGCCGUACAUGAGUAGAAGUACAGCUUCCACCUUAAACACUCCGAAGAUGUUUGUCGCGUUGGUACUACUACACUCACUACUGCUACCAUCACCAUGAUUGCUCCGUAUAUAUAGCCACCAACGUAGUGAAUCUAUUUUACAAAAUCCACGCAAUCCCUAAAUUGCAAUCACCAUUUGUUUCUGUUUCUGCUUUCAUUACAAUGGCUAGGGUUCCCUCACCCUUAGCCUCAACGGCUUCCACCAUCAGAGCCUACGCGCUUCCUCUUAUUCUCUUCGCCGGAGCCAUGUUCUACCAACUCGUUCUUAUUCCCAAUUCAUUCCCUCCUUCCCAUUACGAUGUUCUGCAAAUUGAGAGGUAUAGUUCUGUUGAAAAAGUGAAGGAUGCUUACGACAAGCUUGAAUCUAAAUGGAAUUCGGCUGUGGAAGUUUCUGAUAUUAAUGAGUUUUUAAAGAUUCGAUAUGCGUAUGAGUUGCUGACAAAUCCUUUGUGGAAAAGAGACUAUGACAUAUUUGGCAUUGAUGAACAACUUCAUAUUGUUGAGAGUGCCAGCAAGCAUUAUGCCGGGAAACAUAUUUCACAAUUGGACUUCCCUUUACUACAUGCCCCUUCUUCUGACUCUAUAGAUCAUUCUUCUAAAGUCAUUUCUGCAAGUGACUUCCAGUCUAUAUUUCCAGAUGCAAAGCCAUGGCUAAUUCAGUUGUAUUCAUCAGGGAGCAGACAUUGUUCUCAGUUCUCCAAGUCCUGGAAGAAGAUUGCUUCUUUAUUGGAUUCUGUUGCAAAUAUUGGAAUGGUGGAACUCGGUGAGAUGGAGCUCGCCAUAUACCUUGCUGAUAAAAGAUCAACAGGAAAACCUUUCUUCAGAAAUGGAAUUCCAUCUCUCGUUGCCAUUCCUCCCGGAUGUCGUGCUGCAAAAUGUUUUAGUAGGUUUGAUGGUGAGCUUACCGUUGAUAAUGUUACAAAUUGGGAUGGUGAUCUUACCGUUGACAAGGUUACAAAUUGGUUUGCAACAAGCAUAUUGGCUUUACCUCAGAUUAACUACUACUCAAAGGAGUCACUGGUGCCAAAUUUUUUUGGAAAAAGUAGCCAUCAUAAGGUAAAGGUCAUCUUUUUCUCAAAAACUGGGGAGCGUGCUGCUCCAUUUAUACGACAAGUAGCUAAAGACUAUUGGGCUUAUGCUUCAUUUGCAUUCAUUCUCUGGCGGGAAGAGGAAUCUUCCUAUUGGUGGGGAGGAUUUGGGGUGGAAUCUGCACCUGCUAUAGUAUUUCUUAAAGACCCAGGUGUCCAACCUGUUGUGCACCAUGGUUCAGUUAACAAUUCAAUUUUUUUGAAUAUGAUGGAAAAUAAUAAAGAGCAAGAGCUUCCACAGCUAAGGAGUGUGACAUCAAUGGAGCUAGGCUGUGAUCCCCAUGGCUAUUCUCGUGCUGGAUAUGAUACAAUUAUUUGGUAUUGUGCUAUUGCAGUAGGAAGGCCGAGCCUGGAAUUUAACAAAAUGCGUGAAACUAUGUGCAGGGUCCAAGAAACUUUGUCUAAGCAUAGCGAGGUUGAUGCAUCAUCUGAAAAUCAAUCCUUAGCUCCAGCUGUGGAUGCAUUUAAGAGAAAGCGGUUGACAUUUGCUUGGCUUGAUGGUGAAAAGCAAAAGGAUUAUUGUCAUUUUUACCUUGGUAAUGCGGGCAGCGAAGACACUUGUGGACCACGGAGGGGUGCGACCGAUAAUCCUAAGUUAUUUGUUAUUCGUUACCUAAGGAAUAGUAGUGCUUUUGAUACGAGGACACAGGAAAUGACAAAGUGGAAAUCAAUACUUGUCCAAGAUAUAAUCAAUGAUUCUGAUCAGGCAGGCCAGUUUGUAGCUGGGUACAAGGGUGCAGCUGAUAUUCCAGAGAUAAUCCACUGGCUUGCAAGUAUAAUAGCCGAUGGUGACUCCAGAGAUUUGCCAUUCUUUACACUACGAACUCCUAAGCUUGUUCCAGAUGACGCAGAACCUAUUUGGUCCAAAACUGCACAGAAGAUACCUUUGAAAAAUAUGAAGCAGAGUAUUCUGGGUGGUGUUAGUGGACUCUCUGUUUACCUUGAGGAUCCAAGAAUUGGUCCUUUUUUACUUCUGGGAGCACUGAUUUCUAUGGGUACCAUCUGGCUGCGAAGGAGCCAAAAAGUUCAGCUAUCUAAGUCAAAGCAACCAACUCAACCUAGUUCCAAGGCACCUUCCAAGGAUGAAAGAAAACAGAAACCAAGAGACCGGGUUCGGAGUCGGUCAAAUAAAAAUCAGCCUCCUUCUAUGACAGAUUUUGAUCCACCGGAUGCUUAUCAGAUGCCACUCUCAGAUUCUGAAUCUGAGUAGUUUCAAUUCAGUUUCUCAUUGAAGGAAAGGAGCUUUUGUAGACUUGUGUUACAUCGUCCGAAGGUGAAGCUCUUGAUUUGUGUUCUUAUUUUGGAGCCUUGUAAUACAAGAUUGCCACCACCAUGUCAACAAGAGAUUGGGACCCCUGGCUGGCACAUACUCCUGAUGCCAGUUAUUUCAAAAACCAAACGUACAUUUUAUAUGUAAAAAAAUGGGGAUUGGAUCCUUUCAUUGUCUUGUGAAAAAUCUCAAAUAUUCAUUGAUAGAUGAACAAUGAUAAUUUUAAUGACGAAGUUCGGGUAAAUAGA